AUAAAGUAUCCAUAUCCUUUAUAUAAUUCCACACCCACUCACCCACCCCACUUCUCUUUCUUUCUUCCACUGAACACUGAACCAACCAUACUAGCUAGAUCUCUCAAUUCAGCAACAACAAUGGAAGCUCUCCUUUCUCAAUUCACCUUCCUCUCAGACCAAUCUUUAGACGACAAGACCUUCGAUCCAUCAACGAUCGAAGAUCUAAUGAAACUAUUCGAGAUCGAAUCAUACAAAGCAUGGGCAGCUGCAGAACUUGAGCAAGAGACAGAAGUUGAAGAAGCUGAAGAUGCAAUGCAAGAAGCCGAGGAACAACUCGAGUCUGCGAUGGAAAGAGCCAUGGAUGAAUUCAGAAGGUUUGAAGAAGAGUUAGAGAGGAUUUCAAGAGAUGAAGUGGAUAGUUUAGUUGAAACUGCUGAGAAAGCAAGAAAAAUGGGAAACUUAAUGGAAAAAAGUGCUUCUGUUGCUUCUAAGAAGUAUAUUGAAGCUGCUUUGAAUUCAGCUACUGCUUCUAUGAAAUCUGCUUGGAAAGGAAUCUCUUCUGGCAAGGUUCAUCCAUCUUGAUAGUUGAUGUAUAUGUAUCCACAAUCUAAUCUAUAUGUAACUUAAAUUCGAUUCUAUAUAUCUAUUUAUCUUUACUAUAUAUUGAAAAAUAAAAAUAUUUCUUUAGUAGUUGAUAA